GUCCUCAUUUGCCACUCUUCGGUGCAUUCCGAAUCGAACCGCUCACUUAGUGGCUUAUCGGGGAUGACGGAAACUGUAGUAAUCGAUGAACAAGAUCGUCCUUAUGAGGAAGAUCUCCUUCGAAAUCCUCACAGCAUCAAGUCCUGGUUGCGGUAUAUAGAAAUGAAGUCCAGAGCACCUCCAAAAGUUCGAUACAUGCUCUACGAACGUGCUUUGAGACAACUUCCUGGCAGCUACAAACUAUGGUAUCGUUACUUAAGGCUGAGACGCAUUCAUGCCCGUCAGCUGUGUCCUGGUAGUCUCAUGCAUGAAGAAACAAACAAUACUCACGAGCGAGCUCUCGUCACAAUGCACAAGAUGCCUCGCAUAUGGACUGAUUAUCUACUCUUCUUAAUGUCCCAAGGCUUCAUCACCCGAACACGCCGCACCUUUGAUCGUGCGCUGAAGGCUUUGCCUAUCACUCAACACGAUCGUAUUUGGAACUUAUACCUCCGUUUCGCAGACAAGCAUGGAUAUUUCAUUGGUGAAACAUGUCUCAGGAUUUAUCGACGCUACGUCAAAUUUGCUCCGGAUGAUAUGGAGCGCUUCGUCGACUUUUUGGUUAAUAUAGGCAACACGAAUGAAGCUGCAGUUUCGCUCGCGGAAAUCAUUAAUGAUGACAACUUCAUUAGCCGUACUGGGCGUUCAAAGUUUCAGCUAUGGCAGCAACUUUGCAGCCUUUUGGUCAAGAAUCCUUCGAAAGUCACGUCUCUUAAACCAGACCCCAUUAUCAGACAGGGUAUUAACAAAUACCAAGAUCAGGUUGGCGUUUUGUGGAACUCUCUGGCAGAUUAUCAUAUACGCUGUGGUAAUCUUUCACGCGCUCGAGAUGUAUAUGCUGAAGGCCUGUCGACAGUCUCAACUGUGAGGGAUUUUACCCAAGUUUUCGAUGCGUACGCGGAGUUUGAAGAAUCCAUUGCCAAGGCGCAAAUGGAACGCGUUGAUAAUUCUUCCAAUGUAUCUGCUGACGAUGAACUGGAAGUCGAGCUGCUUUUGGCUCGCCUGGAGGCCUUGAUGGAUCAGAGGCCACUGCUUCUUAACAGCGUGUUAUUGCGUCAAAAUCCGCAUAAUGUAUCUGUAUGGAUGAAACGUGUCGAACUGAUGAAGUCUCGGGGAGCGCGUGAACAAAUCACCACAUUCAUGGAGGCGAUCACCUCCGUCGAUCCAGCGAAAGCGACAGCCGGAAGGCCUUCUUCGUUGUGGAUCGGCUUGGCCAAGUUAUAUGAGGAACACAUGCAGUUGAAGGACGCCAGGGUCGUCCUGGAAAAAGCCACCGGCGUCUCAUUUUUGCAUGUGGAGGACUUGGCAGCCAUUUGGUGCGAGUGGGCUGAAAUGGAACUACGUCACGACAAUCCUCAGAUCGCACUUAAGUUACUCUCAAAGGCCACAACGGUUCCUCCGUACAAAGUGGAUUAUUACGAUCGGGCACAAAGUGUACAAACGCGACUACACAAGUCAGUUCGCCUAUGGACGCUGUACACCGAUUUAGAGGAGUGUUUCGGCUCUUUUGAUACGACCAAGGCUGCGUACGACUCAAUGAUCGAUCUUCGUAUCGCCACUCCUCAGAUUAUCAUGAAUUAUGCUCUCUUCCUUGAAGAGCUCAAUUACUUUGAGGAAGCAUUUAAGGUAUAUGAAAAAGGCGCCGCAUUGUUCCGUUGGCCCAACGUGUACGAUAUUUGGGCCGCGUAUCUCUCGAAAUUCAUGGAACGAUACGGCGGAACAAAACUGGAACGCGCCCGAGAUUUGUUCGAACAGUGUUUGGAGAACUGCCCUCAGAAAUUCGCUAAAGGUCUGUAUCUUCUCUACGCACGCUUGGAAGAACAGCACGGACUAGCACGUCGGGCUAUCCGCAUUUAUGAACGAGCCACUGAAGCCGUUCUACCGGCUGAACGAUUUGAGAUGUUCAACAUCUACAUCCAACGUAUCGCUGAUCUGCACGGUGUCACUCAUACCAGACCGGCUUACGAACAGGCUAUCGAGAGGCUUCCUGAGGAGCAUGCUCGCCAAAUGUGUCUACGCUUUGCAGAACUCGAGAGGAAGUUGGGUGAAGUAGAUCGCGCUCGUGCAAUCUACGCUUAUUGUGCGCAGAUUUGCGAUCCUCGGACUGAACCUCAUUUCUGGCAAACCUGGAAAGAAUUUGAAAUUGCGCAUGGAAACGAAGACACUCUCCGCGAAAUGCUGCGCAUUCGCCGUAGUGUGCAGGCCACUUACAACACACGUGUUAGCUUCGUGGCCAGCCAGCUUCAAGCCGGAUCUGCUACCGAUGCUCAGAAUGCAAUCCCAAGUGAAAUGCAGAGAUUGGACAACGAGCAAUCUCAAGCAUCCUCAGAAAAUCCAAGGCCACCUACUCGGCCAUUCGUUAUGUUCCAUUCUGCUGGAGUGGAAAAUCUCGAUCACCAACGUCCCCAAUUGCAUGGACCCCAUCCACCAUCCACUGAUACAACCGUCGAUACAACGAAAGCUGAUCGCGGUGGUAGCAGACACACAGACGAAGAAGAAGAAAUGGACAUACCCACUGAUGUUGACAUUAAUAUCGAAAAGCAACCGGUUCCAUUCACUGUAUUUGGUUCGCUUACGUCCGAUGCAGAAUGAUUGUCGCAUUGGAUGUUCCCCUAGUGUCACAUGCCUGUACAGUGUAUAACAUAUUUUACACUUGAUACUCACGUGUUCCCAUUAAAA